CUAUGAGCUCGUCCAGCCCUCUGACCACAUCUGGGGAGGUCCUCAGCCUGACGGAUCCUGGACUGGCUUGUUGGGGAUGCUACAGAGAAAGGACGUGGAAUUUGCUGUGGGGCCCUUCGGUGUGACGCCUCAGCGGGAGACGGUGUGUGACUUCUCCCAUCCCUUCUUCAGCGAGAACAACGCCAUUCUCAUGAUCCGACCCACCCUGCAGAGCGACAUGUCAGGCUUCCUCAAACCCUUCGCUAUGGAGGUGUGGAUGUUGACGAUAGUGAGCCUGGUGACCGUGGUGUUGGCAAUAGCGCUGGUAGUGAAAGCUGAGGCCAAUGUCUUCAACUUACUCUCGCGCGACACCUUCGCGCAGGCCGCUAUGUGGGGAGUUAAAACACUCACGCAGGAGA